UCGGCCAUCUUAAGCCGAGGUGAGGAACUGAACUGACGUGAAAUGAAAUGACCAGGGUCGGUUGAUGAUUAAGUAACGGUUUAGUCUCCUUUCCAGUUGAAAGAACUAACGGUUUUUUUUUUGAUAAAAGAAAAGAGGCGUCGGCAACGCAGGUGGAGAAGCAAACCCGUUGUCGAGGGAUAGCGGAAAAAAAAGCUCGUGUGACCGUUCGGCCCAGGUGUAGUUUUGUUAUUAGUCCUUGAGUCUAAUCAGAAGCUUGCAUCAUGGGGUUGUCUCUUCCAACAUUCCUCAAAAAUAUUAUUGGAAAAAAGGAAAUGCGUAUUCUCAUGGUGGGUCUAGAUGCAGCUGGCAAGACCACCAUUUUGUACAAACUGAAAUUGGGUGAAAUUGUAACCACUAUUCCCACUAUAGGCUUCAAUGUAGAAACUGUGGAAUACAAGAACAUUAGUUUUACAGUGUGGGACGUGGGUGGACAGGAUAAGAUCCGUCCACUUUGGCGCCAUUACUUUCAGAAUACACAAGGUUUGAUUUUUGUGGUUGACAGUAACGAUAGGGAGAGAGUGAAUGAAGCUAAAGAAGAGUUGAUGAGAAUGCUAGCUGAAGAUGAGCUACGGGACGCUGUGUUAUUACUGUUUGCAAACAAACAGGAUUUGCCGAAUGCAAUGAAUGCUGCAGAGAUCACAGAUAAACUAGGUCUGCAUCAACUCCGUCAAAGGACCUGGUUCAUUCAGGCAACCUGUGCAACCAGUGGAGAUGGCCUGUAUGAAGGACUGGACUGGCUGUCCAGCCAGCUUAAAAGCAACAAAUAAUUAAUUUUUUCCCUUCCUCCUUCCCCUUCCUGCCUGUCCCUCCUUCCUGCUUCAUUAUGUAGUGUGGCAAACUGCUACUUUGUGGUAUUGGGUGCCAGGAACCUGCUUCAUUACAUCCAAUCACGAACUAUAACAUCAUAUUGUAUGGGUGAGAAGUGCUGACAUGAAAGGAAAUAUGUGGUUUCUUAUUUAAAAUGUGUAUAUAUCGUCCCUUUUUGUAAUGAGGCAGCUUCUUGCUACUCCUAUGCAAUAUUUACCCUCAUGGUUGUUCUUUGUUUUCCCUUCUUUUGAAGGUUAAAACUGACGUGUAAAACUGACGUGUAAAUAUUAAGUGUAGGAAAGGGAUAUACAAAUAGAUUAGAAGUGGGAGGUGUCUGUCCUCCCAAAAGUGCAUUGCACUGCAAAAUAUGUUAGCAGAUUUCACUUGUUAACUCUAGAACAAGGUUCCAAGGUGUGGGGUAUGGCUUUUUGAUGGAGGGAGGGAAGCUUGCAUGUGUCCUUACACUUGUUCAACUUGUUUUCCUCCUUGCCCACGUUUGGGAUUUUGGGAGUGAAGGACUAAUUUGAUUUUUUUUUCUUAAUUCUGACAUACAUUUUUGAAGUGAUUUAUCAGUUCCAUUUCUCUCGCACUGUCCUGCGAGUCAUUCUCAGCAGUUGCAAAAGUAUCCCUUUCCUAGACCUAUGCAGGCUGGAUUUGAAAUCAGAAUAAAAUAUUCUAACCCACCUUUCUGCCUUCUGAAUAAUUUGAAAUCCAAUUUUCAAAUAGCUUACUUUAAAAUGAGCAGAUAGCAGUUAAUUAUUUGUGUGCUGGACAUUCACAUGAAUUGCAGGUCACUUUAAAAUUAGUUUUGAUAUCAUGAAUUAUUAGGGAAGAGGAAGUCAGUGACUAUUAGCAACAAUUCUUGAACCAUUGAAGUGAAAAGACACCAUGAGCCAAGUGUCUAGUUUUAUAAUAACUUGUUUAAUUCUGGAGUUGUGCUGAUUCUUCUCUUCUGCCUCCUGGCUCACCUGAGUAACUGUAAACUGACCACAGCAUGCAGGCACCGUUGGGUCAGAUGAAAAGAACUUUUUGGCUUCUGUUAGCUUGUCCCCUUAGGUAGUGUAUACCAGAUAGCAAUGUCCAGUGAAUGCACCUAAAUCCUCUUUCCCCACCCCACCCCACCAACUUUUAGUGUUGAAACUACAUCUGAGUCAUUCCAUUUUUUGGAUGUAGAGCAAAGACCUGUUGCCAUCCGUUCCUGUUCUUUUCCCUCCUGCUGUAACAUUGAAUGUCUGGAGCUCAAGGCAAGACCCAGCCACCUGCUACAUGAAUACUGCAAGGACCUGGUUUGCCAGCAGUUUUUUUUCCCUCCUUUCCUUAGUUAAGACUGAGAAGUAUGGACAGUAAUACCUGGGUCUGAUCAGGAUGGGUUAUUGCUGUGAAGUUAAUCCUUCAUUACACACACUACUAAUCAAAUGUUUUGUAUACUUGUUUCAAUUUAUUUUGAGCACUGUAAUUAAAGCUGUUAGAAUAAAAUCUAAGAUUCCUUAA